AUGGCAACAUUUUAAGAGAGGUUUAAGGGGAAAACAUCAGUGAUGGGUAAAAAUGGAUUAGAAUCUGUAUUGAAUACGUGUCAAUAGCCCAUCAAGAAGGAACUUGAUUGUAUGAUUAUCAAAUAAUCAAGAUCAAAAUAGGCCACCUCCUCCAAUGUAUUAGCCCCUCUAACAACAAACCAAUAUUUAAAUAUCUCCAUCAAAAAUUUAAUACAGCAAACAUACAAAAAACCAAACCCUAUUUCAGUAUAACCCCUAUAUUGGGGAACAAUAAAUAUUGGACUCUCUUCAAUACUUAAGUCAAUAAUAAUACUUUCAGCCAAUCGCCAACUAUCAAGUAACAACAGAACCACAGAAAAAAGAAGAUAAUCGAUCAAAAUCAGCUAAAUAAUAAGUAGAGUCUGCAGAUGAAUCGAAACGCUACAAGCCAUACACUAUACAUGAUUAUGAGAUUAUGAAGAAGACUGCAAAUGCGAAAUUGGGAGGCUUGGGGCCAAAUCUAAGCGGAGAGGAGUGGGCAAAAGACAAAGAAAAAGCAUUAAAGCGUUAAGAAUUUGCAGAAUAAGUAAGAUAAUUCAAUUCAACUAAUAUUGUAAGUACUAGAAUAAAAGAGCCUAAGUAAUCUGAACCUAAUGCAAGGUAGAAAUAAUAUAUAUUCAAGAACUAAAGCUAUGGAUUUUGCUAGAAAUAUCCCAAAACCCUAGGCAAGAAAGAAAGAUGAAUAGACAUUUAAAAGUGCUCCAAAUAAACCUACAGAUAACAAUAAUAUUAGCAAAGAUCCUUUUGAUGAUGAAAUUGCUCGUCUUGAGAAAGAACACUUAAAAUAUCUGAACUAAUUGGAUAAAAUGAAAUGA